AUGGAAGACUUGGAGCGGCUCAAGAAGCAACGGAAGUCCGCAAGGUCAGCGGUUAGUCGCACCAUCUCCGACAUCAAGACUAUUUUGGCUGCGACGCCGCUCAACGUUGAUCAGCUCAAUUUUAAAUACAGCUUUCUGGAAGGCAAAGCGAAUACUCUGUUGCAAUUGAACCACGAGAUCCAGGCUGUCAUUCCUGAGGAUUUACUGGAAGCCGAAUGUGACGACUGCGACAGGUAUCUUGAGCCUAUAACAGAAACUACCGUGCUUGUCAGAAGCGCUCUGGCCUCAAUCGUGUUGCCAUCGCCUGCUUUACCGUCGAGCACAGCCAGUGCUACUCCACAGCCACAGUCAUCGGGCGACACCGCCAACUCCUUGCACAUCCCCAAUGUAUCGGUCGACGGAGCAAGUUUGCCGAAGCUAAGGAUCGAUAGUUUUAAUGGUGAUGUCUCCAUGUGGCAAGGAUUUUGGGACCAGUUUCGUGCGAGCAUACACGACAACCCCCGACUUUCGGCUGUCACGAAGCUCAAGUACCUGGUGUCUCUUCUCACAGGACCGGCGUCUCGAUCCAUCGCAGGUUUGGCGAUCACCGACGCCAAUUAUUCAACAGCAGUCGACAUGCUAAAGAAGCGAUUUGGUAGGGAUGACCUUCUGAUCAGCCAGCAUCUAGACUCGCUUUUCGACAUCAAAGGUCCCAAGUCUAUGGAUGACGUGGCGGGGCUGCGAACUCUGCACGACGCGGUAUCCAUUUGCAUUCGGAAUCUUCAGAGUUUGGGAGUGCAAACGGCGCAGUACUCUGUCGCUAUUCACCGGGCACUGUUGCGCAAGAUUCCCAGGCAGCUGGAGCUCGAGUAUUACAAGUCAAAAGGGCAGGAUGCUACUGGUACUACUGCUGACGUGCUUUCGACGCUCCUGGACUUCAUCGAAACUGAAGUAAGCUGCCGUGAACGAGCACGCCGAGAUACGGACUCCCUGAAGGAUGACGCACCGGGAAGCUCUAGGAAUAGCAGAGACAGACGCUUCCUACCGCCUUCUGCUUCGUCCUUGACGGCUGCAGUAGCGGACCUUCCUUGCCCACUGUGCCAAUCCAGAACCCACUCCCAGCAGCCUCUUACAGCCGCACCCGCGGCUGCAGAAGACGUCAUCACUUCUGUGUCAUCCUCAUCGGACAAUUUGGCGUUCAAGACUUACUGCGGCUCCGAGGUUCUGCUACAGACAGCCAGCAUCUGGCUCGAGGGCUCCAACGGCCUCAAGCAGUUCGUCCGCCUUUUGCUGGAUGGAGGAAGCCAGCGAAGCUUUGUUCGGCGUGACGUUUCACUGGCCGUCGGAUGUCACUCGGUAGGCUUCGAGGAUUUAACCAUCCACACCUUGGGCAACAAAAGCGCCUGCCGCACAAAGUACAACAGCGUUCAGUGCACACUGCACAGCCAAUCUUCUGCACAUAGUGUGGUAAUCAACGCCAUCGAGUACGAGCACAUCUGUUCCGAUGGGCUUCCAUCCGUGCCAUCCGGCAUAUCCAGUCAACUCAAGAGAAUGGGGCUCCAGUUAGCAGAUCAGCCUUCGGCCCCUUCCAGCGUCAUCUCCGUUCUAAUUGGAUCCGAUCACUACUGGAAGGUCGUCACCGGAAACACCGUGCGAUUGUCGAAAGACCUGGUAGCAGUAGAAACCUUGUUCGGGUGGACGGUGCAGGGCGCUUUUCGCUUCAGACCCGCGAAUGAGGUAGAAGUGAUGAGGAUUGGCGUGCAAACAGAGGAACCGGACCGACAGAUUGAUCUGCAGUUGCAAGCCUUUUGGGAGCUAGAACACCUCGGCAUUACUGAUCAGCAGCAAUCCAACGAUACAGAGGGCACUGUCCUUCAAGAAUUUCGUGCGACUGCCAAGCUUUGCGGCGGUCGAUAUGUUGUGCGGCUCCCAAGGGAUCCGGGCAAAGGCUCCUUACUGGGUGACAACAAGGCCCUAGCCGUACAGAGACUCCAAAGGAUAACGAAGAAAUUGCUCUCCGACCAAGCAGUUAUGGAUGAGUACGACUCAACGAUACGACAGUACCUGACGAACGAUCAUGCCGAGCGAGUGGCUGACCCCGCCGUUGUUUCAGGACCACUGUAUUACAUGCCUCACCAUGCAGUCAUUCGUAGGGACCGAGAGACAACGAAGGUUCGGAUAGUGUUCGAUGCCUCAUCAAAGGCUCCCGGUUGUCUCUCGCUCAACGAAACGCUUCAUGCAGGGCCAAACUUGAACCCUGACGUCCUGGAACUCCUCCUACAAUUUCGAGCCUUUCGAAUUGCUGUAACAGCGGACGUUGAAAAAGCUUUUCUGCAGAUCCUGUUGGAUGAGGCUGACAGAGAUUCGUUACGCUUCCUUUGGUAUUCGACGACUCCAAAGAACGGCGAACCUUUACCGUCAGUGGAGACUUGGAGGAUGACGCGUGUCCCUUUCGGUGCCAAGUCGAGCCCAUUUCUACUAGCAGCCACCAUACGUCAUCACUUACAGUCCGUAGAGACAACGUAUACUCCGACUGCUUCGCUACUUGCGUCACACUUUUACGUCGACGACCUAGUCGUCGGAUUGGACACUGUUGAAGAGGCGCUAACGCUAUACCAUCAGGCACGACAGAUCCUUCGAGCGGCCGGUAUGAAGCUUGUAAAGUGGACCAGCAACUGCGCACCGUUACGCAGUACCUUCGAAGCGGAUGGGACAACGUCCGCCUCGGAUACAUCGCUGAAGAAGGUGUUGGGGCUCGUCUGGGACGUCGACACUGACGAGUUGCGUUAUUCCCUGAAGUCAAUCUCCGAGUUUCUUGAAAAGAGGACCGACACUAAACGUUGCGUACUGCAGACGGCAUCGCGUGUGUACGAUCCACUGGGCUACAUAGCGCCGUUUGUGAUUACGAUCAAGAUUUUACUGCAGCGCAUCUGGCUUUCCAAAAUACAAUGGGAUGAUCGUCUCCCCGAAGAUCUGAUGGGAACGUGGCUGUCUUGGUGCCAGGAAGUUCCGCUGAUCUCUCGAAUUUCGAUACCUCGGACGCUAUCGGACUCUACAUCAAUUGCCGCAGCAUCCAAAACGCUGCACGUAUUUUGCGAUGCUAGCCCCAAGGCGUAUGGCGCUGUUGUUUAUCUAGUGACCGAACGAGACAAGGCACACUCCGAGGCGAGCCUUCUGCUAGCUAAGAGCAGAGUUGCUCCUGUGAAGCAUGUUUCUCUACCCAGACUAGAGCUCAUGGGUGCUGUCAUUGCCGCACGACUGCUCAGGUGCGUCAGAGCCACGCUAUCCAUGCCCGAGGUAGAAGCAGUUUUGUGGACUGACUCUGAAGUCGCACUACAUUGGAUUCAUGGGUCAUCACAGGAAUGGAAACCAUUUGUUAAGAACCGAGUAGUCGACAUACAGGAGAUCACAGAUUCACGGCAGUGGAGACACUGUCCUGGUUGCGACAAUCCCGCGGACCUGCUUACCAGAGGCAUAUCUUGUCUUCGUUUGCUGGAUGAUGUCUGCUGGUGGCACGGCCCAUCGUGGCUUUCUAAUCGAGCCAACUGGCCUCCCCUGUGGUACCAAUCUGACAUGAUCGUCGACGAAGUUCGGAUGGAAGCGAAGCCGGCUACGGUCUGCUGUGCGCCACUCACGACGCACAGUCCCCUUCUCGAUAUUACGGACUUCGGUUCGCUGCAUCGGCUGCUUCGAGUGACAGCAUGGACGAAGCGAUUUCUCCAUAACUGCAGCCACACGGAUAAAAGGGAAGGGGCGCUGAGUGCUGAAGAAUUGGCCGCGGCCGAGACCUACUGGAUACAUAUUGCCCAGCGCCAGCGUUUCGGUGCGAAGCCAACCAAUCACAAGUCACUAAAGAGCACUUCGGUUUUCUACGACGACAACAACAUCAUUCGUCUGAAAGGACGCCUGCAAUACGGCGAGUUCUCCGAACCCUUAAAGUAUCCGAUCAUCAUUCCCGCAGACCACCACUUCACUGCCUUGCUGGUGUCGUCUACCCACGUCAGACUUCUUCACGCUGGCGUUCAGGAAACCUUGGCGGACUUACGUGAGCGUUAUUGGGUAAUACGUGGCCGCCAGGUUGUGAGGAAGGUCCUGCACCGCUGUCUUGUUUGCCGACGAGAGAGGGCACGAGCCUGCUCGGAACCUACUGCACCACUUCCGAGGGAUCGGGUGCUUCCUUCGCCACCGUUCGAGACAGUGGGCACCGACUAUGCCGGCCCUCUGCAUUUCCGAUCACCCGAGGGAGAUGAAGCCGGCAAGUGUUACCUGUUGAUAUUCACCUGUGCCAUCACGAGAGCCGUUCACCUUGAACUCACGAAGUCAAUGACGGCGCACGACUUUCUACAAGCCUUCCAGAAAUUUAUAUCUCGCCGAGGACUUCCACGAACGGUGUAUUUCGACAAUUUUCGGACGUUCAAGCGAGCGCAACGGGAUCUAAGCCUGGCAGCGCUCUCUCAGCAUCCAGCGGUGACCGGAUUACUUUCUUCCCACCGGGUCACCUGGAAGUUCAUUGCGGAAAGGGCAGCCUGGUGGGGGGGAUUUUGGGAGCGCCUCAUCCGCAGCAUCAAGACAUGCCUGCGCAAAAUACUAGGAAGAAGCACGCUCGACUACGACGCCCUCGGAACAGUUAUCGUGCAGCUUGAGGCAGUCCUUAACUCCCGGCCCCUGACAUACGCAUCGGAAGAUCCAGAUGACAUUGCCGUCAUCACACCCGCUCACUUUCUGGUAGGCAAGAGGCUCACCGCUCUGCCAUCAAUUCCGUCACAAGGGCUAUCCACUGGGAACGAGUCGACCUCCGAGCAACUGAGACGGCGCUGGAGGUACAUGGAGAGAAUGACCGACUUACUGCGUAUCAGGUGGAUCAAGGAGUACAUUUUGUACUUGAGAUCCGCACAUAUUUACAAACCUCUCGCCUCUGACACUGUGAAGAUAGGAGACAUUGUCCUUGUCUCUAACGAGAAGUCCCGCGUGCUAUGGCCCCUUGCCAGAGUCCAAGACGUGAGGGUCAGCGGAGACGGAUGUAUCCGCUCAUGCAGGCUGAAGCUGCCUGACGGUCACACCAUAAAUCGACCAAUCCAGCUGCUCCACAAACUAGAAGCAGGCUAG